UCUUCAUAAACAGCUCGUCAACCACCUCGGUAGCUUGCUAGCCAACAUAGCCGAAAGAUUCAAGCUAUUUAUACGCUUUCGGUGUAUAUUAGCUACUGUGUUUUCGACACACUUAGGUCGUAUCUACUUGUUAACCUAUUUAAUAUUACGUUAUUCUUUAUUAGUCAGCUAUAGUAGCUGGCUGGUUAAGUUACCACUAGCCUAGUCGCUAAUGAUAGCUAGCUAGCUAACAUCCCCGACCAUGAAGUCAAUAAGCUUCUCCCCUCCUGUUAAAGAAGAGGUCUGCUGGACGGAGAAAGAAGCUCUGGGGCUGAACAUUGUCGUGAAAGAGAAGGAAGAAGAGGAUGUCACAGUUAAAAAAGAAGAGAAAGACGUUUCAGUGAAAGAAGAGGAAGACGCGUUCAGAGUGAAUGAGGAGGAGGAGGAUGUUACAGUGAAAGAAGAGGAGGAAGAGAAAGAGGAGGAUGCAGUUUUUGGAGUGAAGAAGGAAGGGGAGAUUACUGUCACAUUGAAAGAUGAAGAGGUGGAGAUAGGAGAUCUGAUUAACACCAGCUCCCUAACUGAGUACAACUCUUUCCACACUGGGAGCAGUGAUGUCGUCCUGCUGGUUUGGACGUCUCUGGGUCUGGUUCUCCUGAAGGACUCUUCCUGCUGUCAGAAGGAAAGUCUGGUCUCUCUCCUGUCAAAGACAAACAGAUUAUUUAAUUAAACAGACUUGAAUGAAACCUCCACAUGAUAAAACUUCCUAUGACGUUUAAUCUAGACUAGAUCCCUCAAUCAUCUGAAGUCAGUUUUCACAAGUAUUAUUAAACCGACUUCAAAAUGCAGGUCUCUAUGUGCUUCUUAGGAUGUCUGUCAGAGCAGCUCAUAGAUUACUGCACCUGUACAUAGCCCAUAUAUAAUUUACCCCAAACAACUACCUCUUUCCCUACUGUAUUUAUUUAUUUAGCGACUUUGCACCCCAUUAUUUUUAUCUCUACUUUGCACAUUCUUCCACUGCAAACCAACCAUUCCAGUGUUUUUACUUGCUAUAUUGUAUUUACUUCGCCACCAUGGCCUUUUUUAUAUUUUUAUUUUAUUUUUAUAUUUAUUUAUUUUGCCUUCACCUCCCUUAUCUUACCUCAUUUGCUCACAUUGUAUAUAGACUUAUUUUUCUACUGUAUUAUUGACUGUAUGUUUGUUACACUCCAUGUGUAACUCUGUGUUGUUGUAUGUGUCGAACUGCUUUGUUUAUCUUGGCCAGGUCGCAGUUGUAAAUGAGAACUUGUUCUCAACUUGCCUACCUGGUUGAACAAAGGUGAAAUAAAAAAUAAAAAUAAAAAAAGGUCCAGCCAGGUGAUUCACUUCUAACUUAAGUCUUGCAGAUGUUUACAUGGUUUGACACAUCUGCCAGGUGAUUCACUUCUAACCAAAGUCUUGCAGGUGUUGACAUGGUUUGACACAUCUGCCAGGUGAUUCACUUCUAACUUAACUCUUGCAGGUGUUGACAUGGUUUGACACAUCUGCCAGGUGAUUCACUUCUAACCAAAGUCUUGCAGGUGUUUACAUGGUUUGACACAUCUGCCAGGUGAUUAAAAAUCUAAUUUCAGUACCAGUGUAUUAUAUAUAUUUUUUCACCAAUGUCAUGAAAUCCAAUUGCAACUCCUCUAUGGACUCGGGGGAGAGGCGAAGGUCGAGAGCCAUUCGUCCUCCGAAACACGACCCUGCCAAGCCGCACUGCACAUCUUGACACACUGCUCGCUUAACCUGAAUGUGAUACUGCCUGGAUUAGAACCAUAAAAUGAUGCAGCUAAUGAUCAUUAGAUUAGAACCAGGGACUGUAGUUAGGCCUCAAGUGACGCCAAUGACAAGCAUACCCAUUACAUGAUGCAGCCACCACCAUGCUUGAAAAUAUGUAGUCAGUGAUGUGUUGAAUUUGUCCCAAACAUAACGCUUUUGUAUUCAGGAUAUAAAGUUAAUUUCUUUCCCACAUUGUUUUUCAGUAUUACUUUAGUGCCUCAUUGCAAACAGAAUGAAUGUUUUGGAAUAUUUGUAUUCUGUACAGGCUUCCAUCUUUUCACUCUGUCAUUUAGGUUAGUAUUGUGGAGUAACUACAAUGUUGUUGAUCCAUCCUCAGUUCUCCUAUCACAACCAUUAAACACUAACUAUUUUAAAGUCACCACCCGCUCAAAGGGAUAUUCAAUGUCUGCUUUUUUUUUUACCCAUUUACCAAUACAUGCACUUCUUUGCGAGGCGUUGGAAAACCUCCCUGGUCUUUGUGGUUGAAUCUGUGUUUGAAAUUCACUGCUCGACUGAGGGACAUUACAGAUAAUUGUAUGUGUGGUGUACAGAGAUGAGGUAGUCAUUCAAAAAUCAUGUUAAACAUUAUUAUUGCACACAGAGUCCCUGCCACUUAUUAUGUGACUUGUUAAGCAACAUCUUUACUCCUGAACUUAUUUAGGCUUUUAAUUAAAUUUGUAAACAUUUCCAAAAACAUAAUUCCACUUUGACAUUAUGGGGUAUUGAAUCCAUUUAACCCCAGUAUCUCUACUUGCACAUUCAUCUUCUGCUAUUCACAUUCACAUUCCCUACCAUUCCAGUGUUUAAUUGCUAUAUUGUAAUUACUUCGCCACCAUGGUCUAUUUAUUGCCUAACCUCUCUUAUCCUACCUUAUUUGCACAUGCUGUAAAUAGAUUUUUCUACUGUAUAAAUGAUUGUAUUUUUGUUUAUUCCAUGUGUAACUCUGUGUUGUUGUAUGUGUCAUUGUAAAUGAGAACUUGUUCUCAACUAGUCUACCUGGUUAAAUAAAGGUGAAAUAAAAAUACA